AUGUUCGAGGGCUCCUCCUCUGGAGCAGCUGACGCUGCAAGUUGCGCCUCCCCCCACUCUGCCUCCCCUGCUCUGUCGACUUCCAGCGAUCCGGUGCGGUUAUGCUUCUCGCCCAGUUCUCUCUCUCAUGGCACAGAGCCGAGCGCGCGGAGAGGCGCGGACGCAGAGAAGGCAGAAGAUCCUGAGUCCGCCCCCUCGUCUUCUCCCGCCGUCUCGCCGGGCCGUCUGUCGCGAGGCAGCGAGGCGGGGGACGUGUGCGGAGACACCGGAGACAGACGCGCGAGUGGAGCAGAGCAAUGGGGAGAGCCAGACGCAGGAGCUCUGCAGCCUCUCUGGCCGUCAGGGACGCCCUCGGGUGCAUCAGUCACCGAAGGAGUCUCCCUGACGCCCAGCCUCCAGACGAAAGAUGCCUCUUCGUCUGUGGCGUCUCCCCAUGGAACUGUUGAAAAACGGAGGUCACCUCGCGAGCAAUCUCCCGCAGGCUCUCAGGCGAGUGCAUCCUGUUCACGCCGAUCUUCUGACCUUUCGUCUUUGUCUCCGUCUUCUUUGUCUCCGUCUCUUUGGCCGUCUUCUUUUGCUCCUUCGUCUUCUUCUUCGUCUCGCUUGUCUGUUGUUUGUCCGGCCGAGCGGCAGUGGCCAGCCACACGAGGCACAAUGGAGGCCUCUCCCGCAGAGCAGGACGUAAGAAGCUCGUCUCCCUUUUCUUCGCUGACGCCUGUCGCCGUUUCUUCCGUUUCUGAACGCUCUCCUCGAGGCAGCAGAGAGCUGAGUCCGACCAAAGACCAGCACGCGUCUCCGGGGAGGAGAGCUCAACAGGAAAAGCAGAGUUUUCCUGUCGGAUCUUCUUCUCUUUCCUCUUCGAGGCAGGUGCGUGGAGACUCAAAUCUGCUGUCCACACUGUCUGUCUCCCCCGGGCUCGAACACACUUCGCCUUCUUCGACUUGUCCGGCGUCCAUUUGCAGUGCUUCUCUGCCUGCCGCUUUGUUUCCCUCGUCUUCAGCUCUGUCUGGCUCUUCCUUUUCUUCCUCGCCGCAGGCGCCUUCCGAUCCUCUCUCUCCCUUGCCGCCUCUCCUUUCUUCUUCGAGUCUCUCGUCGUUUUCGGCCCCCGCCUCGCCGCCUCGUUCCACGCUUGCUGAGCCUUCGGCGAGCGGAGGAAGGCCUCGGCGCGGAGACGAUGCGUCCACUUCCGAGCUGGGAGACGAGUUGCAAGCAACGCGAGCGGGAGAGGACUCCUUUCCGAGAGAGCAGCGAAGGGACAGACGGGAGGGAGCCAGUCGACAGAGUGGAGAGUCUCUUCCUUCAGUUUCUCCAGCGGCUUCUCCCGCGAACGUGGAUGCUUCCCCUAGACUGUCGAGGCCACCCGAGGAUCGAGGCGAAAAGGGAAGCGAAGAAACAACCUCUUCGCUUCCAAGUGGAACGGAUAGGGAGAGAGAUGGUGUCGCUUCUUGGACUCAGAGUCUGGGCAGAAAGUUUGGAACGGAAAAUGAGGAGCUCCGCGGUAUGGGGACUAGAACCCCCGUUCUGUCGCAUGUAUCAAGUCCCCAAUGUCGUCCAGAUCUUGGAGUUGCCUCUGUGCACACGCACCAUGUAGCCGAGGAGGGAGGGGACGGUAGACAUAGGGGUGGUGAUGCAGCUCAGUCGCAUGCAGUCUCUGCUCGAAUUUCAACUCCUUCCGGCUCUUCCCCCGGGAGCCCAGGUUCCGUGAAGCGGGUCUCGAGAGAGACUGGAAGGGCGUCAGGAGACAGCGAGGUGACUUGUGCGAGACCUGUGGCGUGUGAUUCGCCUGUGGACAACAGAGAAGGGGAGCAGAGAGAACAAGCGCCCUUCGAGCUGCCGUUUGCUGUCUCCUUUCCUUGUGCCCGGCUGCGACAGCAACCAGGCAGGGGACGGGGAAGCGAGGAAGAGCGAGGAGACAUAACAGAAGCGGAGGCGGAGCCCCACGGGGACGCUGCGUCGUCGCAUGAAAGCGCACAUUCAGUUAGUCAAGGAAGCUGGGAAGGAGAUACCGGGACAGAGGCAGAGCCGAAGCGAGCCUGUGGAGACGCAUGUGAAAAGAGUGAGCAUGCGUCUCGCCGUCGUUCUGGAGAAAAGCGUCUCCUUGAAAGCAGUCCAACUUCCAGCGAGUCGAAGAAAGAAGAGGAACCCGCAAGCCUCGUGCCUUCCUUGGGGGGCGAGAGGGCGAGCGAGGAGUCCCGGUUCAGUUUUGCGGUCCAGGAGGAGAAUUUGAAGCAGGAAGGCAGGUUUCUGUCUGCAGAAAAUUGUCCUGUCUCGUUUUCUUCUCCUCGCGCCGCGUCCCAGUGGGCUUCAGGUGGCGGCGACGAGCCUGCAACUUCGUUCAGCUGUUCCUGGACUCCUGUGGAAGCUCGAGACUCCUUCGCGGACUCCGGAGGGCCAUCCGAAUCUCGCGCGAGCCCGCAGGCCCCGCCGCUCGGCCGUGGGGUCCCGGCGCCUGCGUCGAGGCGCGAGCCUGGAGAGUUUGCAACGGCGGGAGGUCGCGGCGGCGCCCAGGACUCGUUCUACUCCCCGGAGGCCAGUCAGGUGUUGCUGGCGUCCGCUUCGCAGUGCGACGGUCAGCUGGCGUCAGCGCCGACCUCGUCCUUUCACACGCCGAGGGAGGCCCUCACUGUGGACGGCGGCGAGCCCGCGGGCGCGGGGGCAGAGGCCUCCAGUUGCUUGCGGGAGGGCGAGCCUGGUGCUGGCGGCGACGACUUGGCUGAGUUCCAUAGUGCGCGGGGCAGCCGCCUGCUCGAGCCGGAUCUGAGGCCGUUCGCAGAGGCAGUUCUGAGGGCCUCCGAGGGCGUGGUUCGCGGCGGAGAACGCGAGGAGGCGGACGGAGAGCGAGGCCUGAGUCGAGGCUCUGCACUGGCUACGGACGCAGUCGAGCCUGGGCCUUCAUCGCAUGCCUCUCGAGAGGACUUAAGUGAGGCGGGACGAGGCGAAGAAGACAGCGACGCGGCGCGAGGCGAGGUCGACGACGACCGUGAAGGCUGGGGGAGAGAGGAAGAAGCUGGAACGCGCGGAGAAGCCUCGGGAGCCAUUCGCGAGGCAGCCGAACGGCCUGCAAGGGAACAAGUGGGCAGGGAAGGCGAAUGGAGGACGUUGGAGAGCGACCGGAGUGCCGGGACUUCUUGCGCUUCUCGAGGCUUCGAGCAAGCAGAGGCGGAUUUGGUGACGGGGUCUCCACAGGACGAGGAAAGCCCUCUCGGCGCUCAGACAGAGUCGGAGCUUUCGGGCGUGACUUGCACGCGAGAAGAGAAGAGACAGGUGCAGCUUGAGUCGAACGAUCCCGACAUGCCACACUCUGAGUGCAGGAGUCCUGUUAUGCGGGCGACGGCGAACGACAGUUGUCCCGGUGCAGCUCCAGAGAGUCUCCGAUUGCCAGUCUCCGAGGCGCGGGCCCCGCGGCCCUCCAGGGCCAGGGCGCAGGUCCCUGCUGGGGCGCUGUCUCCGGAGGGGUCGGGCUUGGAGCCCAACUUGGGGUCGCGGCGCCUGUCUCUGGCGUCGAUUGUCUCGGAGCCGCACCGGCGGUCCUUUUGCCCGGGUGCGCGCACCUCGGACGAUGGCCGGCUAGAAGUGAGUCCCUCCCCGCAGACGAAGCGCUGCAGCUUUCAAGCAACUAGCGGUGACGAGUCCGUUUCCUCUCCGUCUCAGUUCUCUGGCGACGAGAGUGGAGGUCGGCGGAGGAUGGGUUCGACGCGGGAACGCGAGAGACGGCGUCGCUGCCAAGAGGGCCAGAGGCACUCGUUGGGGGAGUGCCGCUCGCCUCUUCAUCCCACGGUCUUCCCCGCGUACCCCAUCCCAGGGAGUAGCUCCCCUGGAACGUCUCCAGCCUGCGACGCUGCGCUUCCGCCGCGGCUCGGAGGGUCGUCUUCACCCCCAGGCAAAGCCCAGUCGCCUUUGCGCACCGCACGCGGGCCCAGGGAGCCCAAAGCAAUCUCAGAGACACCCGGCAGGGCCGCGGUCGCGGGUUUGUCUCCGAGCCCGACCGGCGCAUCCCCCCGGACGGCCCCGGUCUACCCGCCCCCCGUGGGCGAUGCGGGCGCGCGGAUCGGCCCCAGCGAGGUCGCGGCGCAGGCGCCCACGCCUCCAGUUCACGGCGUGUCUCCUCAGCAAUUUCCAUUUCCACAGAAACUGUCUCCGGAGCGGGGGCCGAGUCCGAGGCCGCCGCCGUUUGUGGGCCUGCCCCCUCAGAUUCUUCUUCAGCAACAGCAGCUCUUUCUGCAGGCGACGGCGCCGCAUCUCCGCCCCGGCGUUGCCUCGCCCCCCCAAACCGUCCCGGUGGCUCCCCAGCAGCUCCUGGUGCCUGUUGAACCUUCUCUGCACCAGGCGACCCUGGCUGCAUCGCGGCCUCCCAGGGCGAGUCUUUCCCCGGUGGAGAUGAACCCCGUUGUGCCUUUUCUCCCCUUCUUUCCGGUUGAUCAGUCCCCCCCCGCCGUCCCUGCAGCGUUCUCCGGAGGCGGUCCCGGGCCUGCUGCGCCGCUGGUGCCUGUGGCGCCAUUCGCGGGCUGCGCACCCAUCCAGCCUCAGCCGAGUCCGACGCCAGCGCCCUUCGUCGUGAGUCCCGCGCCUCCCGUGAGCGUCCCCCCGGCACCCGACGCGGAGGCAGCCGCGGCGGGUCCGCAGGUCUCCCGCGGGACUUCUCCGGGGACUGGCAGACGAGCCAGCAACGCGUCUUUGCAGCGAGAACCGAUUCCUGCAGUUCACAAAUCGCUGCAGGAGCUAUCGUACCAACUGCGGCACCAGCACCAACUCCAGCAGCUACAGCGCCAGCUCCUCACCUCUCAGGGGACAGCCCUCUCGGAUGCAGGACGCAACCUUCCUGCGUUCCCCCCUGGACGCGCCACCCGGCUUGCUGCUGAGGCAGGCGCUACCUCGGCGCCUUCAGCUUCCUCGGGUCCUCCCGUGCCGUCGGGGCUAGGUCCGGGACGCAGUGGAGACGGAGGGCCUUCGCGAGUGGAGAUCGGGGUGGACAGGGGGGACGAAGACACAGGGGAAGAAGAGGGCACGUCCAGAAAGCCCGCGGGAGAGCGACACGCCUCGCUGGCGCAAUCGGAUACUGAAACACAGCCUAGUGGAGCUGUGGCUCCUGGCCAAACCAAAGGCUCCUUGGCAGCCGGAGUGGGUGCAGGAAGUGAGCGGAACGGGUCGUCACUGUCUCCUUCCCCUCGGGUGUCUUCUCCAGUGUUGCCUGGCUGUCCUCCGGUGCCUCCCGCCCCUCCGAGUCGCCGUGUCUCCGACUCUUCAGGCACUGUGGGGCGUUUUGUCUCCUCUCAAGAUUCGUGUGUUCCUCCCCCUUCUCUUCCCUCUUCUUCUUCUCUUCCCUCUUCUGCUUGUCUUCCCUCUUCGGCUUGUCUUCCCUCUUCGGCUUGUCUUCCCUCUUCUGCUUGUCUUCCCUCUUCUGCUUGUCUUCCCUCUCCUCCUCCUCCGCCUCGUGCUUCGCUUUCCUCUCUUCCUUCUCUCUCCUCUCCUACUUCUUUUCCCCCUUCUGCGUCGCUUCCUGCGUCGACUUGUCCCCGUUCCACUGCUCUUCUCCCAGGGGCGUCUGAGCGCGUUGCUGUGGUGCAAGGAAGUGCAGGCGCGGCUCCGGGGGCAGUUGGCCUGGGGAGUGGGUCAGUUCCGUCUUCUUCGUAUGCUUCGCCUCCGCACCAAGUGUGUCGGAUUCUGCUUCUCUCCGAGCAGCUGCUGCAGCAGCUGCUGCACCAUGUGACCCCGACGGCUUCGGCGCGGGACGAGAAGCGUCUGCUGUACAAUUCGCUGGUGCAUUUCGUCCAUAACAUCUUGGGAAGUGAAGUGAGUCUGUACCUGGCGGGGAGCACGGCGUAUGACGUGGACGCCGCGGGGAGCGACUUGGACGUCGUUCUGCUGGACCGGGCCGCGCCUGCGACCGACGCUCGGGGCAUCCUCCAGCACUUGCGUUCGAUGAUCGAAGCUGUGCAGCAGCAACUCGCGCAUGCAGGCGAGUCGGCCCUGGGGAGCGACUGGCCUUUGCGGACGGUGCAUCUGCAACUCGUGGAUUCAGCGCGCGUACCGAUUCUCACGCUAAGAACACCCGACGCGUCCGUCGUUUGCGACAUCAGCGUCAACACUAGCAACAGCAUCUGGCACUCCGAGUUCUUCAGCUUCGUUCUCCAGCAACGCCCUCAGCUCCGACCCCUCAUGCGCCUCCUCAAGGUCUGGGUCAGAAACCGGAAGCUCCCCACCAUGAAGGAGGGCGGUCUCCCCAGCAUCGUCUGGAUGAUUCUCGCCGUCUACUUCUGCCACGGCGGCCAACGCAACAGUCAGAGUCGAGGAAGCGACCAGAGUGGAGAGAGGAGUGGGCCUGAUGAGGCCGGGCCUCUGGACAUGCGGGAGACAGGCGAAGAGAUGAAGUGCGCAGGGGCUCAGCCAAGGGCCGCGCAAGACUCCCCGGAGACAGACUUUUUGCGCGGCGAGAAGAAAGCGGACUCGACAGGUUGGGGGGCUUCGGCGCAUCUGGUCAGUCCCCUGGGGUUUCUGGCGCCGAUGGUAGGUUUGCCGGCCCCAAUUCUUCCGUCAUUUUUUCCGUUGCUGCUCUCGCUGCUGCAGUUCUUUGCUCACCUUCGGAACCGGUCGUGUCUUUCGCAGUCGAUCUUCAUCUGUUGCUCGCCGUCAGGCGCGGCUGGGACUCCAGGGGCGUUCCCGCGGCCGCUCCUGGCGGCCCCCGGCGAGGAGCGCGGGCUGCGGCACCAGGCGCCAGCCCCCGCGGGGUUUCCCCACGAACACCAGGCGUUGGCGUCCUCGGCGAUUCUCUUGGGCGCGGGACCCACGAACGCGAAGGCCGCGGCCAGCGCAUGCAGCCCGCUGUCGCUCGGCGCCUCUUCGUCCCCGUUGCUGGUCUCCUCGGUCCCGAAGCCGCGGUCGGAGGCGGCGCAGCGGAUCAUCUCCUCGUUCUGCCACGGAGGCGUCUGGGACGACUUGCUUUCUGUCUACGACUACCCCAGAACCAACGCAGCUUACCUUCACAGCGUCGGGCCUGGUGGAAGCAGCUUCGCCGUUCAGGGCACCCCGGGUGGGUCUGCCGGGGCUGCAGGCGGCGCCGGCACAGGAGGAGGCCCUGACGGGGAACCUGCCAUCGACCUCGCGGCGAAGGUAUCAAGCGCCACAUGGCUCGUCUACCUCUACGAGUUAGGCAGGGCUGCGCAUCUCCUCAAUUCGUUUCUCAAAGCCGUACACAGAUUCCAUCUUCUUCUCCAGAUUCUCCACAGCCAGGCCGCCAACCAGCACCUGCAGAACCAGCUCGAGCACCUUCGGACGCUGCAGGGCGACGCCGCUGGGGCCCCCGGUAGGGAGACACUUUCGACAGAGGGCGAAACGGGUGGACCCACGAAGGCGCGGGAAGAAGGCGAGUCGGGGCUCUCGGAGAAACGAAGGCAGGCAGACGGAGGCGCCUCGAGUGGAGAGGCGGAGAAACGUUCUGAAAAGAAGUCGGAGACAGACUCGCCGGUGUCUCAGCCGGUGACUGAGAAGGGAAACGCGAGUGCUCGGAAAGCGGAAGAGAAAAUGAAGCCGGGGGCGGGGGCUGGGGGUGGGCCCGGCACACCGGGCUCCCCACCAACCUUCCCCUUUACGCAGGGCCUCCAGCUGUUUCGUCGGGACCUCCUGAUGGGGGUCGCAGCGAUCUUCGACGAAAUCUCAGACGACCGAUACGUUCUUCCUGCAACCUACGAAGAGGCGACAGAGGAGGCUGACGCGACUCCCGACGAAGACGGAGAUCUCCUUGCCUCGUUCCUCGGCGCAGAUGCAAACGGUGGCCGGCCUGGCGAGGGCCUUGAGUCCGCUUCUGCUGUGUCGGGGACGGGCCAGCCGGAGAAGAAGGUGGAGGCCGCAGUGUCGGGUGCUUCAAACUCUUCGAUCCACGCGUCGGCCUCCGCUGCCCCGACAACAGGGUGUUUAUCCCGUCUGCUUCCCUGCAAAGACCUUUCUGUGCUGGCCGAUGCGGUGCGGGUCUCCCUCAUGAGGCCCGCGACCCUCACCUCCAAGGUCUGGCUUCUGGCUGUCCUUGAGGGUCGCCUCUGUGUGAUUGAGAGCAGCAAAACGUGUCAGGAAGGCGGCUGGUGGAGCACGCAGUUUCUCAGUCGCAGGGACGUCCGGAGCACUCUUCACGGGCGUCUCUACCUGCUUGUGGGGCUGCAGCCGCUCCAGAGGUAUCUCCUCGCCUGCCAGAGGCGCGCCCGUCUCGAGGGGAGACAGUCCUCCAACGCCCCCGCAGAGACCAGUCCCGCGACUCAGGGCACCGCCCAAGAGAUGAAGGCGGAGAAAGAAGAGGUCAACACGGAGACCGGCGACUCUAGCGUGGAAGGCGAGUCGGGCGUGAAGGCGACUUUGAAGAAGGGAGCAGCGCAUGCAGAGGAUAAAGCUGGAGACGAAGAAAAGACAAAAGCAACCGGGCGGAAGGAAAAAGAAGGGAAAGAUCUAGACGGUGACGUUCUCUCCAGCACGGAUGCAGUUUUUCCGCUGUCGUACGUCCAAGACAAAAACGAACCGAAGGCUUGCACCCUUGAGGCCGAGGCCGCCAAGAGUCCGUCGACUGCGGAUCCCGAAGACGAAGUGAGCUCGUUCUUCUCCUUGGAGGGUCACUACCCCGCGUUGCUGGUGCCGGUGAAUUUGGAGACACUCUCCCCUCCCGUUCUCUUUUCCCCCUGCAACUUCGUCACGCGCCUGACCGUUCUCCAGUGCGGUGUGCCUGCCUCACUCGCGCGCCCCCUAGUGUCUCUCUUUCCGUCUCUGGGUCUCGCCGCUCAGGCGAAGGGCGCGAAGGCCCGAGGGUUGUCUCUGCGUGUUCUGCCGUCAUGGGAGAUGGCUCGCGUGUCCACACUUCAUCGAAUCGCAAUGACGUCGCCGUGGUUCUACACUGUCGCACCCAGACAUCAGACGCAACUCCACGCAGGCAUGAGGGCGCCGCUGCAGCCGACUGUCGCCCGGUGCCGGCACUGCGGGGUCUCAGGUGUCACCGCAGUCGGCGGGCUGCUCGACCAGGCCGAGAAGGAACUGCGGGAGGCCAUACACAACUUCGCUGAGGCAAGACUCACAGGAGGCCCUUCCGAUGCUUCUGCUCGUGCCUCUGAGAUCUCGCAACCAGGCCCCUCUGGGAGCACAGACGCUGAUCAGGGGAAUGAGAAUGAAAGAGAGAAAGAGAUUCACAGAGAGGAAACACGAACCCUGGCAGCAGUUGCCGCGUUGACCAUUGCUGCAGAGCGUUUGGAGACGUCGAGUCGAGCUGGGGGAACCGGGGAGACGACGGCGGGAGCAGGGCCUGUCCCGCCCUCCGGAGGCCCCACAUGGGAGGAGCGACGUGAGGGAGAUCGAGGGAAAGAGGGCAACUGUGAGAAAGGGCUUGUACGUCUGGGUCCGCGAAGCGCUCAGGCCCCGGGGCCGCCUCCUGGGAAUGCAGGCGACGCUUCAGGACGACCAGGAGCUGCGACCCCUGUGCCUCCAGGCGCGAGUGGAAGUCCUGCGUGGGCUCGCCCCGCUCCACCGGUGCAAGUGUCGGUGCCUCCGUCGCCGCCGUACGACUCGACUUCCAGCGCGCCCCCAGUGCCAGGGUUUGGAGCCGGUCUGGGGGCCUCUUCGCCGGGCUCCUCGCUGACGCUCGCAGGGAAGAAAGGCCCGGUGCAAAACUCAGCGACUGCCGCUCCUGUGCCGUGUCCGCCGUCGGGCCUGCACCCCGUUUCCCCCUCAGCGCCACAGCUCCCGCUGCUGGUGUCGCCCGCGCAACUGGGCUCCGAAGCCGCUCAUGCAGGUCAGCCGGCGCCGCACGCAGGCCCGGGACGAGGGCCCCCGGUGUCUCCGGUGGCUGCACCCGCGGGGAUCGUCCCUGCGCCUCACCUCCUGUCUCAGCCCUCGCUGUGCCAGACCCCGGGGGUCUCGACACACCCACCACACCCGCCUGUGGUCCUGCUGAUGCCAGUGACUCCUCAGCAGCUCCUCAUUCAACACCAGCAGCAACUUCUACACCAGCAGAUGCUUCAGCAGCAUUACAUCCAACAACAACUGGCACAUGUGGCGGCGGUCGCAGCCCUGAACGGCGCGGGGCCUCCUGGGGGCGCGGAGGCGCUGCCUCCGCGUGUGGAGCACGCGCCUGUCGUCAGGCCGCCGCAGCCCGGGAUGCCGACGGGUCUGAUGGGGCCGGGACCGGGGAGCGGCUCGGGGGCAGGACCUUCUGCCGGGGUAGGAGAGCCGGGGGGUGUGGGGUCUCAGCCGUUGGAAGACGCAAACCUCGCAGGGGUUCCGCGUCAGCCCCACCCGGAAAAAUCGCUCGAGAAGACUCCACAUGCGGGUUGCUACUACGGCACUCCCCAACCUGGCCUGGGGAGGAGCGAGAGUGGCGGAGGCCGCGGCCCGCGGGGGGCAGGGCCCUCGACGGGGAGUGCAGGCGCUUCGAGGCGGGCCUCUCAGCAGCACGCCCCUCCCAACGACGAAUCUUCUGGAGUCGGUUUGCCAGCUUCCGGGCCGCUGAAUCCGGUUUGGGGACCAGGCGCAGGGAGCGGCUCAACUGGGCGAGGGCCCAUGGGGCUGCAUGCAGGCGCGGAAGGACACCGCCCAGGUUUCCGCACCAGAAGCACCGCGAGCAGCGGCAGCCCUCACGGCGGGCGCCGGGCGAACGGAGACGGCGCUCUUUCAAGGUGGGGCACUGUGGACGAGCGGGGUCCGGCCGGCUGCCCUCAGGAACCGCAUGCGUCGCGGCAGGUGGAUCUGCGAGUCGUGCACGUGCAAGAGGCCCGGGAAGGCAACUCGGGUCGAAGAAGUCGAGAUGCAGGGUGCCCGCCCGUCUCUCCUGUUUCGGAAGUCGAAGGGGACACCCCAGGCGGCAGCACCAACUGGGGUGAACGAAGUGGAGACAACGGACGCCGUGCACCCUUGGAGGCAUCUAACCAUCGCAGAAGCACGGGAGACCUCGCCUGGGGCUCCAUCAACGUCUCGGGCCUGGGGGCCAGCUCGGGGUUCGAGGGAGGGCACCGGGGAGACAGAGAGAGGAGGGGCAAAGGUUCUGGCGGAUCCGGAAGAGAAAGGUUCCCGAGCGUGUCUUCCUCGUCCGCUACUCCCGCGCUGCCCGUGACAGACAACGGGAUGCCCUCGGCGUCUAAUCAGGACCCGCCGGCGGCCUCAGGCGAGACGCGCGUGGACAGGCUCGACGACUUUUUGGGACGUGCAGGGCCAGAGGGAGGCGAUAAGUCCGGAACUCGAAGUGAGGCUCCACCUUCCUGUGGGCGCCAUUCUUCUUCCGUCUCGCCCUCCGUCUCUGCCGGACCAGGCGGUUUGGAAAGAGCGAACAAGAGCCGAGUCGUCGGAGAAGACGAAACUGCGUCAGGCAAGCCAGCUGCUGACAUCACAGGUUCGGCUUCGUCUCUGGCAGGGGCUUCUUCUACCGAGUCUCAGGGGGACUUUCAGGCGACACUCUCGCACGCGCAGACUUCCUCGUCGUCCUCGCAUUUGUUGACUCCUGCGGGUUCUUCCGGGGGCGCAGUUUCGCUUCAUCACUGCGUCGGGCGCGUCUCGCCGUUUGCGUCACCUCUAUGUUUGUCCGGGGCCGCGCCACCGCUGCGAGCGCACCAGGCAGGCCCCCACGCCUUCUUGUCUCCAAAGACAGACGCGCGGGAGACUGCAAUCGGGAGCCGCUCGGAGGAGGGGAGGGACGGACGGCAGGCGACGUUGCAGGCCUCAGUCGCUCCCUCGCAGACCCCGUGCGUGUCCAACGUCGGAGAAGAAGAACGCCGAGAAGACUGGGGGAAGAAUGGGCGCCACGAGACUGGGCAGGAGGCGAGUACCUCCGCGCAGGCGCCCGGCCUCGCCGAGGCGCCCCGGGCGGGGAGGAGUAGCUCGCGACAGUUAAGUGCGAGUCCAGAGAGGAUGUUUUCUAACGGGGGCGAAGCGCCUUCGUUCCUCACUGAGGCACCGAAUGCCGCGUCGCGAAAGGCGAGCGACGAGAGCUUUCACAGAGCGGUCCCUCGUCCUCCCGAGGCUGCGAGACGGACCCAGAGGUCGGCGCGAAGAGACAGUGGAGACUCUGGAGCCCUCAAACGCGAGGAAGAAGAGAACGGAAGGCUAUCGCCCGUGUAUGGGCGGCCACACCGCGACAACGGAGACGGGCCUGGAGGGUAUGGAGACAGCGGGCGAGAAAGGCGUAUCGAAAAGGGAAUGGCGCGACCCCUGGAAGGUGGAGUCCGCCUGGCAAGUCCAGCGAGUUCCCCAUCGCAGUCAUCCCCAUCGCACUCAUCCCCGCCGCCCGUCGAUGCUUCUGCGGGAUCCUUGAGUCCUGCGUCACCCUCGGAGGCGCUGCAGCGGACAGACGGGCCUCGUCCCCGGACAUGUGGUGGCGAGGUCGUGAGCAGAGCCCCGGAAGAAGGAGAGAAGAAGCGUUUGAGAGAGCGUUUGAACGACGAGUUGGCGGUUCGCCGCGAGGCCUCACCGGAUAGGGGUGACCCUCCGUGUGUGCCUGAGGAUCGCGAGCGGAGAACUCGGGCGUUGUCUCCGGCUCCCGAAGGCGCUGCGCUGUCGCUGCGCUUCGUGGGAGAGCGAGACGAGACGCGUUCUCCGCAAGGGCCAUCGUCGCCUUCGUCCAAGGACACACCGACCGCCUCGACGCCUUCUUUGUCGGAGAGUGGGGCGCAAGGCGGCCCCGCUGCAGCAGACAGUACCUCGAGCACCUCUUCCCGGCGGCUGGCCCGCGAGCGAAUUCCUCUCAAACAUCGCGCAGAAAAGCUGUUGUAUGUCCCUGGUGCCCUGAGGCGGCAAAAACUGCUGGGCCAACAGGGCGUGGAGGUGCCGAGCUGCGGCCCGAGCACGGGGAGUGCGUCUUCGAUAGGACAGUCCUUAUCGGACUCUCCGGGGGAGACGGGGAGAGACACAGGCCUCGCGGUCCCGCCGCUCUCGCCCGCGUCGUCUCUCCAGUCGUGCUCGUCUGGCGGGCCUCCAAGCAGCGGCGACAGAGAGCGCGGGAGUCUCGCCUCCUCGUGCGCAGGGUGCCAUCCGCAUGCGUCUCCGUACUCCGGCGGCAGAGAUAGUCGCCGGGCCUUGGGCUCCACCGCCACGCCAGCGAGCUACGGGUCACCCCGCGCCAGCAGCUACCUGGAGGGCGCCGCAACGUCCCCGGGGAUGAGCUCCGUUCCCUCUCCGAGGUACCCAGCGAGUCGCCACGAGUCUCACGUCCCCAGCGCGGUCACGGGCCUCUUUGGCUACUACGCCGCGCGGAGCGGCAGCGCAUGCAGUCGGGGCAGUAGCCGAGACAGCAGCGAGGGGCGUGGCGGGGGCUCUGUGGCCUCAGGCUCCGGGCCGGCGAGCUACGGGGCCGGGCGGAGCGCGAGCUACCUCAAGGGCGCGGGGCGAGACCCUUCGGCGAAUCGCGAGCGCUUCGCCUACCGGGGAGACCGUCACGGCGACUCUGAUGAGGGCCGCAAAAUGCAUACAGGGGAGAAGGUCGGUGGCCGAGGCCCGCUCGCGUCCCAGGGCAUCUUCGCCUACAGUGGCGCGAGUGCGUUCACCUCUUCAGUCUCGGGCCAGCAAAGAUUUGCACCCUACGGUCGGGCAAACGGCACCAGUGGCGCUGCGUCUGGAGGCUACUCGAGACACCGAGAGGCCGCUGAAGAAGACCAGCGGUCGAACUACCGCACAAGCGAAGUCAGUCAAGGGGGCCCACGGAGUUCCACAUCUUGGGGCUCGGGGAGGGGCGACAUGGGUGCAGGCGCGAGCUACUCGGGGUACACGCCGAGUCACGAAAGCUUCAUGAGUCCGAAAGAGGCCCUACGAACUCGGCACCGAGUCGUCGAAGAAGUCCACUGGCGUCUCGCCCACAACGCUCGCAAACUGCUUCAGGACAGUGCGCACGGAAGCUCGAACUUACAGGGACAGCCGUUCUCCGGGUCCCCGGCCGCCUCUCUAGGUUCCGAGCCUCAUCCAGCGCCCUCGACUGCAUGCAGUGGUCACAGUGUCCACUCGGGCGGCGGCUACCUCGCGAGUCAGAAGGCCUGCUCUUCGCCGAGCUACUCCUUUGCCGAGGGCCACAGAAAGGCCCCCUGGCUGACGUUCAGUGCGCCUGCAGCCGUCGGUCCGGGCGCCUCUUUGGAAUCACUUCAAAGCCCGACGCCUGGCAGUCUGCGUGGCGGGGACGAGGACACUCCGAGGAGCCGGGGGGAUGCGAGCACAGCCUACGCCUCCCCUCGAGACAGAGUAUGCAUGCGGGGUUCCUCGCCGUUGCUAGACCGCAGCGAAAACGACUCGGAUCUCCUGCCUGCGGGACGACGAGGCAGCGGCCACGAAGCCCACUUGUUCGCGGCUUCCCAGUUCUUCAGGCGAGGCGAGACGAGUCGGAAUUCGGGGUAUCCCGGGCCCUUGAGUCGAACGACUUCCGGGGGCGCCCUUGGGCCUUCGACCCACCGCCGACCAACUUUCUCUUUGUCUCACGGCGCGUCGCCUCCCUUCCACGCGAGUGUGUCGACUCCAGCGAGCCAAGGUUCUGGUGCCCCGGGGGCCCGCCACCAGGGCCGGGCUACUUGUGGAGUCGGAGGUGGCUCCUUCGCGUCCUACGGCUCCCAAGAGAGCCAAGCCAGCGGCUCGUCCCUCGCUUCAGGAAGCAGCAGGAUGUCCAAGAACGGCCAGGCCCGCUUGCUGCACGCGGCUUUGAACUGCGCCGUCGGUCGCUCGGACAACUCUGUCUCCUCACUCUUCGCAUCCUCGACUCAUGGGCGCGAAGGCGGGCCUUUCUCGAGUAGAAACUCGGAGGCGGGGCGACCGGGGGGCCGCAGCUUCCCCGGCGCCACAGGCGGGGACAGAAGGCUUGACACUCUCGGCGCAGCGACGGGCCUCGAGUCCCCGUCUUUCGGCGCCGGCCGCGAGAGCUCAGCAACUUCCGGCUCCGAUGAGGACAUGAGUGGCGAGAGACGAGGACGAUGAGAGGAAGAGGACAGGAAGAUGAAAGAUGCGAGGAGAAGAACGAGAAGAAGGGAAACAGGGGCCGGAGAGACACAAAGAACCGAUAAGGAGUGGUACAAACAACGUGCAGAUGAAGCGAACAAUUUGUGAAGGGGGUUGUUUAUGUGGUACGGAAGGUGUGCAGACCGUGCGUUUGUAAAAAUUUUUGUUGGGGAAGUGUUGUGUCUUUAGGGGAGACUCGAGAUUUCCUGUUGUGUAGAAAGAAAUCUGUGAUCGUCUCUUGGCGCAGAACGGGCCCGAGAGUAGACGGCGACUGAGGUGGCUUUUGUCGUGGCCUCGUGGCUGCUCGCUCUCCUCUUCCUGGCGGGGUUUUCUUGAUUUUGGUUUCUGCCUGGCAGACGCCAGAAGCUGGGGACAUGCCUGUGCUCUAGUCGCCGUUCGAUUUGCGUGUGUACGGGGAGGUCGAUGUCCCCCUCCGUUGAUGUGGAUCGUGUAGGCGCGGCGUAGUAGCGUGUUUAGGGAUUGUAGAAAUGUUUCUGUAGUGGCCAGAAAAGCUUCUCAGGCUAGAAAGCCGAGAGCAGGGAGAGAAGGCGCUUUCAUAUGUGACAGAAACGUACAGAAGAUUCUUUUCGCCGGAGCGUCGUUUCACGUGCUUCCCUUCUCGUGUCUUUAGGUCAGCUGUCCUCCCUCUUCGUCAUCUGCACGUCUUUCGUCUUGAUGAAUGGAAAAGUCAGGCAUUCGAGAAUCGGACUUCGCUCCGGGAAAAAGUGCGUCUUUCCUGUCUCCGUAUGGACCGCAGAGCAAGCACAGAAGACAGAGGGAGAACUGGCAGCGGCCCUCUGGAGACGGAGGGCUGUCUCCUCGGUCUGUUUUGCGACCCGACACUCCCGG